AUGAACGAAAUAAUAGUGUUUGAUACUUAUCAUGGAAGAUCAAUUAAUGAUUGCGAAUUAGAUUAUUACAGUAAGAAGUUAGCAACAUGUUCAAGUGAUAAUACUGUAAAAAUAUUUGACUUAAGUCUUUCUAAGGAACCUGUAUGUGUAGCUGAAUUAAAAGACCACAGUUCAGCUGUAUGGAAAGUAUGUUGGUCUCAUCCAAAAUAUGGAAGUUUAUUGGCUAGUUGUUCAUUUGAUAAGAAUGUGAUAAUAUAUAAAGAAGUGAAUAUAAAUAAAUAUGAGAUGAUAUAUAUAAAUAAUGAGCAUAUGAGUAGUGUAAAUUAUAUUGAAUGGUCUCCACAUGAAUAUGGUUUACAUUUGGGUUGUGCAAGCUCUGAUGGCACCAUAAGUAUUUUAUCUUAUUAUAUGAAUAAAGGUAGUAAUGAAGGAUAUUGGAAUAAAUAUAGUAUGAAAGCACAUCUGAAUGGUGUAGCAUCUUUAAGCUGGGAGAAGCCAUAUAAUAAUAUGUUAUUAAUGAAUAAAAAUAUGAAUGAUAAUAAUAUGAAUAAUAAUAAUAGUAACAAUAAUAAUAGUAACAAUAAUAAUAGUAACAAUAAUAAUAAUGAUAUAAUGAAUUCUUUUAAAUUAGUAUCUGGUGGAUUUGACAAUCAAGUUAUAAUAUGGAUGUUUGAUAAUAAUACAAAAGAGUUUCAAAAAAUAUUUCAAAUGAAUGAUAAACCACAUAAAUCUAGUAUAAAAGAUGUAGCAUGGAAACCAAAUUUGAAUAAUUCACCAAAUAUUAUUGCAUCAUGUUCUGAAGAAAAAAUUGUAAUAUUAUGGAUAGAAGAUGUAACAAAUAAUGUAUGGAGAAAUGGGCAAGUAAUUAAAGUGAAUCAUAAUAUUCAUAAAUUAAGUUGGUCACCUAAUGGAACCAUAUUAGCUAUCGCUUGUUCAGAUGAUAAUGCAUAUUUAUAUAAAGAAAAUCUUGAAGGAAUCUGGGUAGAAGUAUGUAACUUAAGUGAAGAAAAUAAUAUACAAGAAGAUAACUCUAUGAAUAUCACAAAUAAUGAGCAAGAUAAUCAUAAUGAUAAUUUGCUUAACAAUGAUAACAAUAAUAAUAUGAAUUAUAUAGCAAAUGCCAAUGUAUCUACUAAUUCAUAUAUGAAUGAUAAUACAAAUACAUCUAAUUCGUUAAUGAAUCAAAAUAAUAAUUUAUCUCAUCAAGGACCAUAUCAAAAUAAAGAUACAUUUAAUAGAUCUUCACAAGGAAAUUUUGCAGCUUACCACAAUUCAACACAACAACAACAACAACAUUUAAAUGUAAAUUCUAUUAGUAGUAAUAUGAAUAAUGUAGUAAAUGGUUUUGCAAAUAAUAAUAAUACAAACCAAAUGAACGGACCAUCUGGUCAAAUGAACGGACCACCUGGUCAAAUGAAUGGACCACCUAGCCAAAUGAAUGUACCAUCUGGUCAAAUGAACGGACCACCUGGUCAAAUGAAUGGACCACCUAGCCAAAUGAAUGGACCACCUAGCCAAAUGAAUGGACCACCUAGCCAAAUGAACGGACCACCUAGCCAAAUGAAUGUACCACCAAGCCAAAUGAAUGUACCACCUAGCCAAAUGAAUGGGCCAUCUAGCCAAAUGACCGUACCGCCAACUCCACCUGCCUAUUUAACAAUGCAAAAUAAUAAGAAAAAUAAUACAUCCAACCUUACGCCUACUAUGAAGAAUAUACCACCACCCACAGCUCCUCCCUUAGUAGUUAAUAAUUCAACUGGAGCACCAGGUCCAUAUUCUGCAUCAAACUUUUCAGCACAACCUCAUGGUGUUGCAGCUCCUUUUGGAGUUCCACCAGCACAACAACAAGUAGGAGGAAGUGUUACAAAUAUGAGUGUAUCAAAUGUAAGUAAUAACAAAUCUACUUUUGCAGGUCCUCCACCACCAUUAUCUUCAACAAGUACAACUCCUAUUAUUCCAUCAGUUAGUUCAACGAAUUUUCCAAAGGCUUCUACAUCAUCAGUACAACAACAGGUUCAGGGUCCAUUUUCAAAUGUGAAUAUGUCAAGACCUAGUUAUGUAAUGAACCCACAAAUACCACCAAGUUUUUCACAGACAAACAGUAACAAUAAUAAUAUAAAUAAUAGUGGGAUGAUGCCUCCACGACCAUCACAAUAUUCGAAUAAUUUAAAUUUUAAUUCUUUGUCAUCAUCGGUACCACCUCCUGCAUUUUCUUCAUCUCCCCAAGGAAUGCAGAAUAAAAAUAGCAUAGCAAAUAAUAUUAAUAAUAAUAAUAGUAGUAGUAAUAAUAAUUCUUUUUCAAAUUUUAACGCACAUAUGAAUCAGGCAAAUAUGCCUCCACCCAAUCCUUCUGUUAUGCAUCCAAAUAAACCUGUGGGCACAACUUAUGCUUCGAUGGGUGGUGGUGGAUACAACCCCCCCCAUGCACCACCUAUGAUGAACGAUUCAAAUAUGAAGCCGUCAAAUCAGCAAUAUGGAUACUCAAAUUAUAAUAUGCCACCACGACAAAAUACGCAUAUGAACAAUUGA